UAGCAGCCCCAGAGAAAGCAGAGCGGCGCUAUGCCGGAGCCGGCGCGCUGGGCCGCGGCCUACCGCCCGCCGAGGGGCGGCCACGCCUCCGCCCGAGCGAGGGCGGACUGACGCCGCAUGUCCUCCGCGGGGCGGGAGCUCCACGCCGCCGGCCCGGGGGGCGCCCUGCCCGCCGCCUCUGCGGGCCCUUCCGCUGCGCCGGGGCCCGCGGACGAGAGGCCGGCCUGGGCGCUGCCCCGGGAGCCGCAUAGCCGGGCCCUGGGCGCCCGCGAGGGGCCCCGGAGGCAGCCCUGGGCGGGCGAAGCGCGGCGGCGCCCGGAGAAGGAGCAGCGGCGGGAGAUGCGAGGCGGCGGCGGAGAAAGGCCAGGCCGGUGCGAGGAAGGCCCGAGGGGAGGUGCCCGGCCGGGACCCCCGACCUGCAGCCGGCCGGAAGAGACACAAAAAAAUAAAACAUCCAUGGAGUGAUCAGGAUUAAAACAACACAAGCAGACAGAAACUGGAGAGCACAAAACGAAGAAAAAUGGAGGCUAAAGCAGAAAAACCAAGAUGGCACCAAGUACAGACUCAGGAGUUUCAGCUAAUCCAGAAGGGAAGAGAAUCUAUUUCAAGUCCUUCCUGUCUUGAGAUAAAAGGCUUGCUGCAGAAUCUAGAAGGAAGUCCAGCAAAAGUGCAAGUGGCAUCUGAAAAGCAAUCAAACCUCCUGAAAGAAGCGCCAGGUAUGAAGGCUGAUGGGACUGGGCUGUAUGGUAACCCAGGAGAGCCCGGGGCCCAAGCGAGGACAGGUGUGCUGCUUGAGACCAGUCAGUGCUCAGGUGCAGUUUCAGGAAAUGACAGCUUAGUCUCUCAGGAGCCUUUGAGUCCUGCCUCAUCUGAAGAAGAAGAAGAAUGUAAAGGACUCCCAGCCUGUGCCAGGCAGGCUGGGGAAGAGACGUUGCAGAACCCAGGCCAGGAAAUUAUUGCCGUUUUUAACAGUCCAUCAGUUCAGCAAGAAACAUUUGGCACACCCAGUAACCACAGCCUUGCUCUGGAUUUGUAUACUUGCCUACCAGAUCCGAGGCUUGAAACCACAGGCCAGACUUUUCCAGGUAGCUCAUUUGGAAGAACACCUUGGGGUGACCGCAUGGAUCUCUUUGAGGGUGCUUGUGAAGUGCAGGAGGAAAGCUUAAAGAGCAAUCAGAGCUGUGGAAGGAUGGAGGAUCUGGGAGAAGCCUCUGAGCUGAAAAUGGCUAAGGCUCUGUUGCAGACAGGGAGGCCUGAAGAAGACUUGUCCAGCAAGGAGCACAAAGGGGAUGACAGGGUGGAUUUUUCUUCUAGCCACCUGCAUAAAGGAAUGCUUGAAAUCCAGAAAGGAUUUGCUGUGCACAACAGCUGGAAAGAAGAUGGAGAACGUUUUCCUUCAGAACACGGCAGAUUUCUAAGUUCAGCUGAACAGCUAACAGUGUCAAAAGACCGGCAUUCCGAAAUUAGCUUCUCCGCCCUUUGUGAUGUUGUCCAAGCAGCAUCUGAAGAUGACAUAAGAGUGACCUCUUCAGAGGCCAGCAGGAUCCAAGACGAUAAAGGUUCUUUUCUCCGCCAUGAAAAAUUGAUCUCUUUGGGAAAAGAGAAAGGAGCUCUUUUGUUGAAAAGAAAUAACUUUGGGUUCUUUCAGAACAAUUGCAGUGUAAAGUAUAUUUCUGCGCUUCUCAGCCGCCUGGCUCAUCAGCUGGACUUUGGGGGAAACGGCUUGCCACGAGUGGAGCCCACGGAUAAUCUGGGGACGGCCCUCCUGCUCUGUGAUUUAGCCCUGCCUCUGUGUGCUGCCCGUUCUUUCUGGGUCACAGAGACCAGCGUGUUUGCUGAUGAAAAAAACCUUAAAGGCCCUCAACUCUGUGGCCCCUCUCCAUUCGCCCAGAAGGCUGACCCAAGCUUAGGUCAGGGAAGGCCCGUGGACAGCCUGUCCUCAGAGGGAGUCAUUGUGAUGCGAAGCCCUGGUGCCUGGCUUCACCACAAGAAGGCCAGUGGCAGACUCCGGACUGUAAUGGACGAAGGGGCCAGGGAGAUGGUCAGCUGGGCGCUGAGAGGGGCAGAAAAUGGGGAGGCUGCUAUGGAACCCUUCUGGAGAAAAGCAUUCCGUCUUAGUGACCGGACCAUGAAUGAUCCUUCUGCUGCUCCAGAGGAGAUCUAUGCUCUGGCAAGAAAUCUCUUCUUAGAUUGCAGAAACCUACUAAAAGGCAGAAGAAGGACGGCGACCAAAAUACCUUCAAGCUUGGGAACAAGCCCAGCCCUUUUGGGAUCCAGUGGGAGAUUCAUUUGUCUACAAAAAAAUUUAUCUCCCUACAGAAAUAACUCUGCAAACGUGGAUAGGGCAGGAAGCCCCUUGAACUCAGUUUAUCCUCUGGAGAUUCCCGGCGCUAAUCUGUCAAAGGCAGAAGCUGAAAACUGGAGUGUUAAUGGUGGGGAUGCUUUUGAUGGUUCAGAAGGUAUUCUGGAGGCGAAGAGUAAUAUUUUUCCUCCCUAUGAAAAAGCAAACGUCAGCAAAGCUUCAUGUGGAGCCGAUGCUGGUGGAAUGAAAACCAUAGAAAAUGCAAUAAUAUGUAACAAUACUAGACUGUUUCUUCAGCUAGCAUUUGAUGGAGACUUAAGACUUUGCAGAGCUACUUUUAGAAAAGGUCAAUGCCUAGAAGAAGAAGAAAAAUACCAGAUUUACCCCUCUUCCUCAGCUUGUAAUCUCUCUACUUUAAAUAAAAAAGACUCUUCUUUAUUUACUAAACUUUCCGUGUGGCAGAGGGAACCCAUUUAUCAGAUGAAGAUAUUUCUUUAUCCAUAUUUCCUUGAUAGUUGCACCUUUCUCGAACAGAAAAACGAUUCACCAAAGACAGAGUUUCUAGAAUGCCAGCAGCAUUCCUUAAUUUUCUACAAGGAACUAAAUUAUCGUGAUUUGCAAACUGUGAUCAGUUCGGCUAUAAAAUAUGUCCCGUGUAAUAAAAAUGAAUCAUUGCAUUCAAAGAUGGAGCUCAAGGUAACUCCAUCAGCCACUACACUUUUAACAGAAUAUCAUCAAGGGCCACUUCAAGAAGUCGUCAUUGAAUCAUCCAAUAAUAAUAAUAGUGAGUCAGAAUUUACUGGCAAUCUACUGAAUGAAGACUCUUUAGAAUCACAAAGUGCCUGGACGCUAUUCAGAUGCUCAGAAUCUACUUCCGAGUUAUUGAACCGGAAUGAUUUUGUGAAGAAUCGGGGUCCUCAGUCAAAGGCUGAUGGUUUCAGUUCUGCCUCUGAAUCGGUUCACAAAAGUCCGUCGGAGAAGUUCAAUUUUAAAAAUGGAUUAUUGUCUGCCAGUAAAUUGGCUUCAUCUCCCAAUCAGACACCUUUUCAAACAGACCCUACAAUUUCUACUAAGAUUAAAGGUCAAGAAAGAAUGAAAGGACUACUUUUAAAAUCAUACAGAAAAAGAAAAAUAUCUAGUUUGAUAUCUACAGGCUUAGGCUCGCAGUUUCCGCAGAAUAAAAAAAUGUGCUUAUUUCAAAAAGAUGGCGCAUUAACGUUCCCUUCUUUGAAAGCUCAUGGCUCUCCCCUGGCCAAGCAGCCCUGCCGAGGGACCCCCGUGCCUGAAAGAGAAGCCGGCGGCCGCAGCAGCCCCUUCGGUUUGCAAAGCGAAAGGGUGAGCAGCUCCUGCAGAGGGGAGGCGGCUGCAGCUGGCCCUCUGGCUAGCAAGAGGACGCCCCAGCGCUUCAAGGAUUCCAAAGCAGAAGCAGUUUUAUCCCUGUAUUCUUUAGAGCAGUCCCUGCAGGCAAAACAGGAUUUGGAAGCUGGCCAGAGAGAGGCCAGCUGGCCAGCUGGGAUGACGGAAGGAUUUCCAGUUCGCAUCCUUUCUGACACUGAGGAGUCUUCAGAAGCCCUCCUGGAAAAUGUAAGGCUUGCUUUCAGGGGUGGGAAGGUCACAUUUUCAUUCAAGCGUGCGACACACACAGGUCUUCCUCUUUGCUUACCUGAAGACAUUUCAGAAUCUGAUUCCAAAAAAGCCAAAGAUUCCCCAGAGCCAUCAGUUACAUGGUGUCAUGUAGCCAGCCCAAGUUGUGUGCUGCAGACGAAACCUUUAUCGUCCUCGAGAAAACCGGCAGAAACCCUCGGCAGCUCAGCGUUGUCAUCGUCUCGCCUGAAAGAUGGGAGGUUAGCAAGCUUCCCCAGGUGGCCCAGUACUAAAGAAGGACAUUUGCUGAGGUUGGAGAGCAGCCGGGAGCUGGCAGGAGGCCCAGAGAAAGGACUGGGAAGGCACUUGGCGGACAAGAGUAUCAGGAGGGGCAUUUCUGAGCCAGGGGCUCAGCCACCACCAACCCCAAAGGAGAAGCCCAAAGUGGGAAGAAGAAGAAGGCUUGCUGUUGGACAGCCCCCAGGCCACCUUUCUGACCCGAAGGCGGAGAGUCCAGGCGAUCUGGCACGGUGCACUUUGGCUUCUCUAGGAAGGGCCGUGCAGAAGAGGCAGCAGGAACCCCCUUUCCACAUGCCAAGCGAAUCAAAGAGGCAGAAGAGAGGGCAGAGUUGUGAAGAGACCGCAAGCCUACAUCUUCACUUCCAGAAGCGUAGCCAGAAGGCCAGGAGCUGGCUUAGCUCCACCGGAGCUUCCGGCAGUUUGCUUCAAGCUGUUGGCUGUGAUCAGAGCAGAAGCUCCGGCGCCUUUGGAUAUUUGCACCUGCGAAGACCUUUCCCAGCAUUCAGGAAACUGUCCAGAACAGCCUGCAUAAAAGUUGGCAUGCCACGCCGGCUCAGGGCACCAAAACCUCUGGCAUCGAAGGGUCCCCCUGAGAUGGUCCCUGGGGAAAAUGGGGAGCUUGUUUAUUCUGCACAGUUAGCCACCAAACCAGCAGCCCCCCGCGCCCCAGAGGCCAUCCGUUGGGACCCUCCAGCGAGGCAGCAAGGCCGCCAGAGCAGCUCGCUGGCCUCCUCCUGGCUCACCGGGCAGCCCAAAGACGCCAUCUUGUUGAUGAGGCUCUCCUCGUUAGCUGAGAAAUUGCUGGCCCCCACAUGUCGGCCCUUCCCAAAGCCUUGUGGGGCGCUGCUUCCUUCCUCUGCUGUGUGGGGCCCGCUUCGCAGGAGGCAACUGUUGGAAAUCUCCUCCUUUGUCCGUUUAAAGUUAAACUCUCCUCAGUGGCUCAACAGCAGCGGCGGCUGCUUCAAGAUGGUGGGCUCCCAGGCUCUGCCCGUUUAUUCCAUUGAGUCGACGAUCCUGUGCUUCUUUGAGCUGAGUAACGGCAAUCCCUGUGUGCGCAGCACUCCGGUCUUCCCAGAGUCUUUCCAUAACCAAAUAGACGUUGGCCCCAUCAGGAAGCCCCCCAAGACCGGAUCCCCGAGCCUCCUCUCCAGAUUUGCUCUGGGGAGUCCACAGCCUCAGCAGCCCUCCAGGUGGAGUUUCUCUCUGCUUCUGCCUCAGAGCUGCCCAGGUGUCAUGCCAGUCCAGAAAGAUGCUGAGCCUGGUUCCGCCUCGACCCCCAAGGAGCGAGAGGCCGUUGCUCGGAGUAGGGGCUGCCCGACCCACGGCCUCCCUACAGCCUUAGCUUUGUUUUCCCCCGGCUGCUAUCGUGUUUGGACGAGAAGAAGGCAUCUCGGCAGUCGAAUCCCUGCGGUCCAGCGGCUGACCCUGCUGCAGUUUGCUCGGGGGUUCCAGGGUUGCCCUUCUGUGUCGGCUGACCUCUUCUCGUCCUUGCCCUGUUUGUUGGGCAGGGCUCUGUCCAUAUGGAGCCAGCAUGGACCGUCCACCCAUCUCUCCGAGUCCAUUCCUCUCCAUUCCGGUCCCAGCAAGGGACAACCAGCCCACCCUGCGGUGGCAGGCCUGAGCCACAGAACCAGCUUAUGCAUGCCGCCCCUGGUGCCCGGCCUGCCAUGUGACCCUCCCAGGGCUGCGAAGAAUCACGUGAGGUUGGAACCCAUCUUGUCUGUGCUGUUGCCGACGUCUUGCCAAGCUCCAGAACCGUCUCGUCCCCCUUUAGGAUUCCCAGCUCUUGGAUCCAGAAAUGGACACGAAGCUUCUGUCCUGGCAUUGCCUAAGACUGGAGCUCAGCCUGAAAAAGACGAGUCCGAGAACAGGCCAAAGAAAGUCUCUCAGAUCCGCAUUCGGAAGACGAUUCCUAAGCCAGACCCCAACCUCACCCCCAUGGGGCUUCCCAGGCCAAAGAGGUUAAAGAAGACUGAAUUCAGCUUGGAGGAAAUCUAUACCAAUCAGAAUUACAAAUCGCCCCCGGCAACCAGGUGCCUGGAAACCAUUUUUGAAGAGCCAAAAGAGAAAAAUGGGUCUUUAAUCUCUAUCAGCCAGCAGAAGAGAAAACGGAUUUUGGAGUUCCAGGACUUCACCGUUCCCCGGAAGAGGAGGGCUCGCAGCAGAGUCCGAGUGACGGGUGGCUACACUCGGGCGCAGAAGGCGGCCAUGGAAGGAAGAGAACUUGACAUCCUUCUCAUUCAGAAACUGACCGACCUUGAGACGUUCUUUGCCAAGGAGGAGACAAAGGAACAAGCCUCAUUGUGUAGUUGAGUUUGGGUUGAUCUGCCAGAAGAGCUUGUGGCGUUUCUGUGAUCUGGUGCGCCUGGAAGGGGAAUCUUGUUUUCCCACGGUUGGACCAACCUACCUGACUGAACCAUAUAGUGAUAUUUUCCUACAGGUUGGAGGAGGAGAAUUAAUUUCUGUUAACCUUAUGAAACAGCCCUGUCUUUAGCCUCCAUUAUCGCUAAGAAUUAACGUCUGUGGGUUUUUUGAAAAAAGAUCUGGCUAAAAGUGUAGAGCAGAACAAAGGCUACAGCACCUUCAGAGACGUUAGGAUUGUAAAGACUUCCCAAAGUUAGCCAUGGAUUUGCCUCUGCUGCUCUUCUUGUCAUUGAGCCCUAGUAAUGUGGCAGCUGGGACGAAGGAUUUGGGGGGUGGGGUGUUUCGUUUGUUUCUAGCAAGUCUCCUUAGUUUGCAUCGUUGGGCAGCAGGACCCAUGAUGUCCAUCAGCAAGUAUGUUUUGCUCAAAGAAGAGAAACUGUGGCAUCCAAAUUGUGUUCUGUGGUAGACAUAGCUAGUUGUGGCACUUUGUUUCACUGCAUGAGGACCCAGCGCAGAGGUUCACCUCCGGUUCUUGCACUAGGAGAUGCAGGAUCCCCAGGAAGUGGCUUUACUCUGUUCCGCCUUCAUCACCGUCUGUUCUGCAGGCUUCCUCUCGGGGUGACUUCUUGGAAUUGGGGCCAGCGAAUUUAUUGUAGGAGAUUUUAAUUGUGACGGGAUGCCAGAAUGCCAAUGAGACCUCAACAGUCCUUCAUUUUCGGUGUGUUUUCCUUCUACUACCUGGACUAUUGCUCAGCACCUCUCGUUAAUUCCCGUUUCCUGAUUGUGACUUGCUUGGGGCCUGCAUGGAGUGGUCCGUACAAAUGCAACAAGAAGCUGGUUGGGAGCGCGAGUAGCAGUGUGUUACUGGAUCCUGGUAGAAGUAGCAGCUGUGCAAAGCCACACAGAGGAAACUUUAGACUUGUACUUUUCCUUAGGGGUGCUUGGGAAACUUAAAUAUUUAUCUUAAAUGAAAACUUUACAUGAUGAUCAACAGCUGUUCGCUGUCUAUAGUGCCUGUAAUUUGGGCCAGAUUUAAUGGCUGAAUCAUUCAAAGGGUUUGCCUUUUGCUUCCUCUCAUCUAAAAUUUGCACUUUUGGUACCUUAAGGCUCAUGUGGACACUUCCUAUUACCUCUGGGGUGGACUCUGGGGGCAAAUGAUGGUAGGCCAGACAGGUGGCCUGUUCCUUGACCUCGCAUUCCAUACCUGAACAGUCAAGAGGUUGGAAUCGGCCUUGUAGAUGACAGAGGGCCUUAAAACCGGAGUAGUAGAGGGGCCCAGCCACACGUGUGCCUGGCAGUAGAAAUUUAGCGUUUCUGCUCCACAUUGUUUUCCCACUGGGAAAAAGAGAAUGGGAAUACUUUUUAAUAGUUGAGAUCCAGAGCUGGUUUCCCGUGGGGACUGACAUUAUGUGUUUGCUGCUGCAUGCAAAUUGUUGAAACCGGAGGUUCUCCCUUCGUACUUUGGAUCAUUGUAGAAGGUCCCUGAUUGCCUGUAAUCGCCACGUUUUGGGUGGGCGGAGUCGAAUCAUUUACUAGAAGUAUCCAUCGUAGGAUUUGACGACAUGAUGCGCCAGUACAGAUGCCGAUGUGGCAAUUCUGGUUCGGAGGUGGGACUGCUGCUUUGACUCUGCAGGUAGGCCGGUGACUACGUGGCCUUCUUCUUCUGGCAACCUUAAAAUGGCAGUUGGCGUGCUCCGUCUGUUUCCUCGGUGCUUUAUGUCUGAAGUUACACGGGUGUGAAUGCAAGGAUUCUCAGCAUGGUUUUGCUGCAGCUGUCCAGAAGAACAGGGGUCUCCACCUGUGGCGACUUUAAGCCUGUGGAUUUCAACUUCCAGCAUAGCUGGCUGAGGAAUUCUGGGAGUUGAAGUCUUAAAAGUCACCAAGCUUGGAGACCCCAGCAGAAGAAAAUACAGCCACUGGAGUGACAAGGUGGGCUCUGUGGUCCCCCAAGGCUGCCUCAAAGGAAGUUGCACCUCGGAGGGCCCUUGGAGCAGGCCUGCCAGAGGCCUUCAAGCAGCCCCCUCCCCAGGCAGGGACCAAAUGCUUACCUGACUUUCAGUACAAUCAUGAAAAAGAUUCUACUAAGAGCACUUGAAAGAAAUCUCUUCUCAGGAAAAUGUGGAGGCAACCAAGGAUGUGAUUUAAGGGUUUUUUUUGGGGGGGGGGAGUAGACUGAUAUUUGCUAAAAUCUAAUUUGGGGAGGGCUGUGCCUAUCAGAGAAAUCAGGGUACGGGGGUCCAGUCUUGGUGUAGGUGUCAUCCUGGGGCCAAGAUCAGCUUUGGAGCCCGGUCACACUCCCCCCCCCCAGACCUGAGCCUCUUAGGGGCCGCCAUUGGGAGCCGCUUGAAAGGAAGACCGCUUGGUUAGCCUUCUCGUAAUCCAAAUCAAAUGGGAAUUUGCACACUUCUGUACUGGUGGCUGUUCUGUGCCAUUAUCACAUGGUUUUUGUUUAUUCCUGUAAUCUUUUUGAGUUUCAAAUUCACUUUUUCUAGUGUUUAAAUUAUGGAAAUAAAAAAUUUAAAUAAA